AUGCGAAUAUGUUUAUCGGUGGACUUCGACGCCCUUUCAGGCUACCUUGGGACGGGCCACACGCUUGAAAACACCCUCUCAGACUACUCCGCCGGCCUGCUAAGCGCCAACGUCGGCGUGCCCCGGCUUCUGAGACUAUUCGCCAAAUACAACAUCUCAGACAAAGUAACAUGGUUCAUUCCGGGCCACAGCAUCGAGACCUUCCCAGACAGAGCCGCCGAGAUCGCGGCCAGCGGCGCGGAGAUAGGGCUGCACGGGUACAGCCACGAGGGCGCGUACGCCAUGACGCCGGAGCAGGAGGGCGACGUGUUGGAGCGGUGCAUCGCGCUCGCGACGGAGCUGGGCGGCGGGCGGCGGCCGCAGGGCUACCGCGCGCCGCUGUACCAGAUCCGCGAGACCACCGUCGACCUACUUCAGCGGCACGGGCUCCUGUACGACAGCAGCAUGAACGCCCACGACGCCCUGCCCUACUACCUGCCGCGGCCGUUCCCGCAGGCGCCGCCCCACGUCCCGGACUAUAGCAAGCCCGCGGCGUCGUGGAUGCGGCCCACGCCCCUGCCCGCGCAGCCGCGGCCGGGGACGGCUGAGGCGGAGAGCGCGCUGGUCGAGGUCCCUUGCUCGUGGUACACCGAGGACAUGACCCCCAUGGGGUUCUAUCCGUACACAGCGUCGUCACAUGGCUAUGUCGCCACGGACGUUGUGGAGAGGAUGUGGUGGGACCGGUUCGAGUGGCUGUGGGAGAAUGAGUCGUUCGUGGAUGAGGGGCCUGGCCUGGGGUACGGGUCCAUCUACCCCCUGAUCUGGCACCCGGAGAGUGCGGGGAGGGCGCACAUUGUUGGCAUGAUCGACAGGUUUCUUGGCAAGUUGGUGGAGAUGUCUAAGUCCAGCGGCGGUGAGAUCAUCUUUGAGAGCAUGGCGGGUGUUGCGCGGAGCUGGAAGGCGAGGGUUGGGCCUUGA